CGGACACCCGCUUUGCUUCUAUAAUUGUGAUGCUUAAGAGGUUUAAGCUUAUUAGACGUGGUCUUGAGGCUAUGGUGUUGAGUGAUGAAUGGGCAUCAUACCGUGAGGAUGACCAAGGAAAAGCAAGGUUUGUGAGGGAGAAGAUUUUAAGUGAGUAUUGGUGGGAUCAAAUUGAUUAUAUUCUAGCUUUCUCCGAUCCUAUCUACAGUAUGAUUCGAGCAUGUGAUACUGAUAAGGCAUGUCUUCAUUUGGUGUAUGAGAUGUGGGAUUCCAUGAUUGAAAAAGUCAAAGUUGAAAUCUAUAAGCAUGAAGGAAUAUCUGUUUAUGAAGAUAGUGCUUUCUUCAAAGUAGUAUAUGGCAUUCUUGUGGCACGUUGGGGGAAGAGCUCUACGCCACUUCACUGUCUAGCACACUCAUUGAACCCAAGGUUUUACAGUGAAGUUUGGCUUGAUGCGGAUCCCGCUAGGGUCCCUCCUCAUAGAGAUGGUGAGAUCUCCCAAGAAAGGAUGAAAUGCUUCCGAAGGCUAUAUCCAAAUGGUGAUGAUUAUGACAAAGUUUUGGAUGAGUUUGCUUCGUUUUCACUUAAGACGGGGCCUUUUGCUGAUAUUACAUCUCUUUCGAAGAGGGGAAACACAGAGCCUAGAAGUUGGUGGGCUAACUUUGGUGCUCAAACACCAAUCCUCCAAUCGCUUGCUUUUAGAGUUCUUGGCCAACCUACAUCUUCAUCAGCUUGUGAACGUAAUUGGAGUACCUACUCUUUUAUUCAUUCACUUAGACGGAACAAAUUAACUCCUAAACGUGCAGAGGAUUUGGUGUUUGUGCACAACAACCUCCGACUCUUGUCAAGGAGUUCUGAGCAGUACACAGAUGAGAAGACGAAGAUGUGGGAUGUUGGAGGAGAUGAGUUUGGCAAUUUGGAGGAUAUGGGCUAUUUGGCGCUUGCUAAUUUAUCCUUAGAUGAGCCAGAAUUGGAGAGUGUGUUGAUCACUGAAUGAAACAUUUACUUUUUCGUUUUAUUUAUUAUGCAUGUAUGAUGCAUUAUAACAAAGACAUAUGUUUUGUUGGAUUAUUUUGUACUUGUUGGAUGUAAACAUUACUUAUACUAGUAAAAUUUUAAUUUUUAGUUCGACGUUUCCUUGCCGUACC